GUUCUGAAAUCAGAAUUUAAUCCAGCCUGGACCCUCUGUAAUGUCCGAGAGCUCAGAGAUACUAUCACAAGCCACUGGCGCUCUCACCUGUCCAUGUUAUAUGAACGACAGAGAGAGUUUUGGCAAUCCAUUGAUAAACCCUUGGGAGAAUGGCUUAGGCCUUUACCAAUGCCGAUCCCUCAGGACUGGAUGUUGAAUUUUCUCACUGAGCAAGUCUUUGAUGUCGUCAAAGCUGGGAUUUGUGAUAGAAGAUUCUUAGUUUCUAGGAAAUGA